AUGGCCAUAGCCGCCGCCAUCUCACUGCCUCUCACGUCCCCAGCUCGCCGCUCUCUCGCCUCCUUCACCUCUCUUCGAUCUUCUUCUCCAAUUCUAAAACUCAACUCUGUCAGGGGAAGUGUCGCUUUGAGAACUGCUUGUCUUCGCGUCUCGGCGGCCUCGUCUUCGAUGAGCGUCGAAGCCGUCGAGAAAGCCUCGCCGGCUUCUUUUCUGGACCGGAGAGAGACCGGGUUUCUUCACUUCGUCAAGUACCACGGCCUCGGCAACGACUUCAUUUUGGUUGAUAAUAGGGAUUCUUCGGAGCCUAAGAUCACUCCAGAGCAAGCAGCGAAGCUCUGUGAUCGGAACUUCGGGAUUGGCGCUGACGGAGUGAUCUUCGCGCUGCCGGGCAUCAAUGGCACCGAUUAUACCAUGAGGAUUUACAAUUCUGAUGGGAGCGAGCCCGAGAUGUGUGGUAAUGGAGUCCGAUGCUUUGCCAGAUUCAUUGCGGAGCUUGAGAAUUUGCACGGGAAGCAACGCUUUACGGUGCAUACCGGUGCUGGUCUAAUUGUUCCAGAAAUUCAAGAUGAUGGGAAGGUUAAAGUUGAUAUGGGGGAACCAAUUCUAAAAGCAACAGAUGUACCUACAGGACUACCUGCAAACAAGAAUCAAUCUGUCGUUAAGUCGGAUCUUGAUGUAGAUGGAGUAACCUGGAACGUAACAUGUGUUAGUAUGGGAAAUCCUCAUUGUGUAACUUUUGGUACAAAAGGAGGCCAGAAUUUGCAGGUUGAUGAAUUGAAGUUGGCUGAAAUUGGUCCAAAAUUUGAAAACCAUGUGGUGUUUCCUGCACGAACUAACACAGAAUUUGUACAAGUUUUCACUCCUUCACACCUCAAGAUGCGUGUUUGGGAGCGUGGUGCAGGAGCAACACUGGCUUGCGGAACUGGUGCUUGUGCUGUAGUUGUUGCAGCAGUUCUUGAGGGUCGAGCUGAGCGGAAUUGCACGGUUGAUUUACCAGGAGGGCCAUUGCAGAUUGAGUGGAGAGAGGAAGACAACCAUAUAUACAUGACAGGCCCGGCUGAAGUAGUUUUUUAUGGAUCUGUGCCCCUAUGA